AUGAAGUCCAUCUUAUAUCCGACCCUGUUGUCAUUGCUGCAUUGGCACGUGGCGGUGGUAUCAGCUGCAAGGCUGAACAUGGCUAGCGAUGAAUCGGCCUUGGUUGCCAUGAGGGAGCAUUUUAACUCCUUGGAUCCCAACAAUGUGCUCGCAAGCAACUGGUCUAGCAGUACCUCUGUUUGCAACUGGAUUGGCGUCACAUGCGGCUCUUCCCACCGCAGAGUAACCGCCUUGAAUCUCUCAUACAUGGCUCUUGAUGCCACCAUCCCUCCGCAUCUUGGAAACCUGUCAUUUCUUUCUUGCCUGCGUCUUCCCAACAAUAGCUUCCAUGGUACUCUACCUGCUGAACUUGCUGGAUUACGUAGACUGAGCAUCAUCAACCUCAGAUUCAACAAAUUCACAGGAAGCAUCCCGUCCUGGUUUGAGUCUCUACCCAAACUAAAAUACCUGUUACUGAGAGGGAACAGUUUCUCUGGCACAGUCCCACACUUUCUGUUCAACAUGACUUCCCUGCAAUAUCUUGUACUUUCUGAUAACCAGUUUUGGGGUCCCUUACCUUCCAACAUUUUCUUGUCUCCUUCUUUGCAAUAUCUGUAUCUUACUCACAACCAAAUUUCAGGAGCUAUCCCUUCAGCUAUCAUCAACAGUUCGGAACUGCAGGUUAUUGGCCUCGACUACAACAACCUAUCCGGACAACUGCCGGAGCGCAUCUUCCACCAUCUUCCAAACUUGAAAGGGCUUUACGUGUAUAGUAAUGCCUUAUCCGGUGAACUUCCACGCAGUUUGUUCGAUUGCAAGCAACUGCAAUCUUUAUCCUUAGCCUACAACACCUUCGGUGGAAACAUACCAUCUGCCAUCGGGAAUUUAACAAGCCUCAAAGAGAUCUAUCUUGGCCAUAACAAUUUCAGAGGUGCAAUACCAAAUGAGAUUGGUAAUCUACGUAGUUUAGAGAUUAUGAGUCUUCCUUUUGCCAAUGUGAGUGGCUACAUUCCGCCAUCAAUCUUUAAUAUUUCUACCCUACAAGAAAUUACAGUUACUGGAGAUCAUUUAUCGGGCAGCCUCCCAGCAAACCUUGGCUCCAUGCUUCCAAAACUUGUUAGGCUGUACAUGGGGAUUAAUUAUCUCAGUGGAAGAAUCCCAAGCUCCUUGUGCAAUGCCACUAUGCUUAAUACCAUAGAUUUGGCUUACAAUUCAUUUUCUGGAUACAUUCCAGACAUUUUUGGCAGCUUAAGAAGUCUCCAGCUGCUCAAUCUUGGUGCAAAUAAUUUGACAAGUGAUUCAUCCAAUUCAGAGCUAAGCAUUAUAAAUUCUUUGACAAAUUGUAGAUUUCUCAAAAAGUUAAUAUUUUCUGGAAAUCCAUUGGAUUCUAUUCUUCCAAUAUCGGUAGGAAACCUUUCUACUUCUCUGGAUGACUUGAAUCUUAAGAGUUGUUCAAUGAGAGGCACCAUUCCAGCAAGUAUUGGCAACUUGAGCAGCUUGAUAAACCUUGACCUUGGUGAUAAUAAUUUUGUUGGAACCUUUCCUACUAGCAUAGGGAAAUUAAUAAAGCUACAAGGCCUCUUUUUAGAUGGCAACCAAUUGGAAGGAUUUGUUCCGAAUCAAUUGUGUCAACUAACGAGCUUGUAUAAAUUUUCCAUUAUAAGCAACAAGUUCUCUGGCCCUAUACCUUCUUGCUUAGGGAAUCUUACCUCAUUGAGAUGGCUUUGGCUUUCUUCAAAUAAAUUCAACUCAAUACCUUCCACCUUGUGGUGGCUGUCCGAUUUAUUGCUUUUAGACUUAUCUUCCAAUAAUUUAAGUGGAUAUCUCCCAUUAGAUAGUGGAAAUCUAAAAGCCAUAAGUUGGAUUUAUUUAUCAGGAAAUCAAUUUUCAGGCAGCAUCCCAAGAAGCCUCAGCAAUCUUAUGAAUUUGGUUCUUCUUACCUUAGCAAGAAACAAAUUUGAAGGGCCCAUCCCAGAAUCAUUUGGUCGUAUGGUAAGUUUGGAACAACUUGACUUAUCAGAAAAUAACUUGUCUGGUGUCAUUCCUAAAACAUUGGAGGCACUUGUGUAUCUGAAAUAUUUCAAUGUUUCUCACAAUAAGUUAAAAGGAAAAAUCCCGGAUGGGGGACCUUUUGCAAACUUCUCAGCUCAGUCGUUCAUGGGGAAUAAAGAAUUAUGUGGUGCUCCACGUUUCCAUUUUUCGGAAUGUAAAAUUGAAAAAUCCCGAAAAUGGAAUGCACAUAUUGUGUUGACAUAUGUUUUACCGGCAGCAAUAGUUGUCACCCUUCUUGUGGCAUUCCUUUGCAUCCUAAAAUUCCGGAAGCACAAGGCGGCGGUCAACAACUCAGAGGUGGAUCAAUCAGGAGCAAGACGGAGAAGAAUAUCAUACUAUGAAAUUCAGCAAGCAACAGAUAGGUUCAAUGAUGGCAACUUGCUUGGUGUAGGGAGUUUUGGAAGAGUGUAUAAAGGAGUACUCUCAGAUGGGACGAAUGUUGCAGUGAAAGUGUUUAAUCUGGGACUAGAAGGAGCAUUCAGGAGUUUCGAUGCUGAAUGUGAGAUAUUGCGCAGUGUCCGCCAUCGAAACUUAACCAAAAUCAUUAGCAGCUGCAGCAACAUGGACUUCAAGGCAUUGAUCCUAAGCCUCAUGCCUAAUGGGAGUUUAGAGAGGUGGCUACACUCGGAACACCAUGGCUUGAGUAUGAUCCAGAGGCUAAACAUAAUGAUAGAUGUUGCAGAAGCUAUGGAUUAUCUGCACAAUGGUGGUUCUGUACCAAUUAUACACUGUGAUUUGAAACCCAGCAACAUAUUACUAGAUGAAGACAUGGUUGCCCACGUGACUGAUUUUGGCAUUGCAAAAUUGCUGAGUGGGGAUGACUCCAUCACUCAAACCAUGAAUCUAGCCACAAUAGGCUAUAUGGCCCCUGAAUAUGGACUUGAGGGAAGAGUGUCUAGGCAAGGUGAUGUGUAUAGCUAUGGAAUUUUACUUAUGGAGACCUUCACACAGAAAAAACCCACUGAUGAAAUGUUUGUGGGAGAGUUUAGCAUCAAAGAGUGGGUGCAAAUGUCGUGCCCUGAUUCACUACUUGAUAUCAUUGAUGCAAAAUUAUUGGUGGAAGAAGGAGAAACAGAUACUAAACAGGACUGCUUGUUGUCUAUAAUGACUUUAGCUCUAAAUUGCUCAGCUGAUUCACCGGGUGAAAGGACAAAAAUGAAAGACGUUAUGAAUGCUCUUAAGAAGAUUAAAAGAUUACUCCUUAACUAA